UAAUUCUUUACAAAAAUGAAUCACUUACUAAAAACUUCAAUAAAAAGUUUAAAUUUGGGAUGUGCAAAAAGAGUAGUACAAUUAAACCAUGUGGAUGCAGUGGUGAAGCGUAAUUUUAGUUGUGUCACACAACAAUACAGAGGUCACAGGCGAGAUGAGAACUACCGACAGCUAAACAAAUUAUCCCUACGUUUUAAUUCAACUGAGGUAGCUGCUGCUGCCACUGUAGCUCCUGUUGAUCCUGGCUUCUUUGCAAGUUUUUAUCAGUCCUUGUCGACUAGCACGCCAGUGGCUUAUGUGCAACAGGGUCUAAUUGAAAUACACGAUUACACCGGUUUACCAUGGUGGGCAUCUAUAGUUUUUACAACAUUUCUAUUUCGUACAGUAGUAACUUUGCCUCUGACAAUAUAUCAGCAUAAAAUAACUGCUAGAAUUGAAAAAAUAUCUCUAGAAAUGCCGGCCAUUGUAGAGGAAUUGAAAAGAGAGGCUGCCAUGGCCAUGAGGAAAUUUAAGUGGACGGAAAAACAAACUAAAUUAGUUUACCAGAGAUCUAUUAGAAAACAGUGGAAUAAACUGGUGGUAAGAGAUAAUUGCCAUCCUGCCAAAACUUUUAUUGUUUUAUGGGGCCAAAUACCCCUGUGGAUUUUUCAAUCUAUGGCUUUACGUAAUUUGGUUAAUUUGAUGCCGGAUCCCACAUCACUGCAAGCUCAAAUUGUAGCCACCGAAUUGACUGUUGGUGGUUUUGGUUGGAUACCCAAUUUGACACAAGUGGAUAAUUCUUAUAUACUACCAGUUACAUUAGGUCUUAUUAAUCUGGGUAUUAUUGAGAUGCAAUCAAUGAUGCGCACUCUACCUCCUACACGUUUUCACAACAUUAUAACAAAUGUUUUUCGUGGCCUAAGUCUUGUUAUGGUUCCUGUAGCAUGUACUGUACCCUCGGCCCUUACCGUCUAUUGGGUGGCUUCAAGUUCGUAUGGUUUAGUGCAAAAUCUUGUGUUAGCCUCUCCUCAAGUUAAAAGAGCUUUUGGUAUACCAAAAAUACAAAGUGAACUGGAAAAUCCCUACGAACAUUUGUGGUCGAAAAUGAAACAACGAACCGGCUAUGAGAAACUGCCAAUUGAAGAAGUUAAAGUCAUCGAGAAAAAAGCUGGUGAUAAAACAAAAUCUUCGACAGAAAUUAAAAGGAAAUAAAGGAAAUCGUUGUGUUUUUUUUAUAGCUUUAAUAUGGAA